AUGUCAUAUUUCGAUGACAUCAAUAUAGCUAUCGAGGAUCAUGUGCGCGCUAGAGGUCAUCAGACUACCCAAGUAAAGGCAGGACGACUGGUGGAUGGAGACCUGGACGGGAGAGCGGCGCGAAGAGCUGCAUCGGUGCAGACUUCCGUAGUGCCAAUCGACUUUGGAAGUUGUCAAUUAUCGUCCAUUAAUAAACGUUACCAGUCAUUUGCCAGUUAA